GGGCUCAUUCGGCCGCGCGCCGCCUAGGCGUUCGUAUCGCGUGUUCGCGUCACGAUGGAUUGUGCUUGUGACAUGUGGUAUUGAUUUGGUGUUAUUUGUGACGGAACCGUUGUGUGAAAGCAUGAUGCCUCUCGCACCGACCCCUGUGGUGGCGGUGCCAUCUAAGCCCAAGAUUGGAUUUAGUAUAGACAGUAUAGUUGGUGGUUCGGAGAGGCCGAAGCAAACGUCGCCUCCGCUGGCGAGUCCUGGGUCGCCGUCGCCGGUGGCGUCUCCUCGUAGUCCAUCUCCGAGGCCGUUGUUGAGACCUAGUGCGUUGCCGGCUGUUUUUCCAACUCCUGAAUUGAAGAGGCUACCGUACUUGGACGCUCAGAGCCAUCACCACCAGUUCCUCGCCCAUUUCCAAGGAGCGGCUUUGGCCGCAGCGCUCGCUCAUCAGCAACAAGGGUUUGGAGCUCCUCUACCUCCACAUCCACCUCCGCAUCCAGCAGCGCCUGUGCCUAGAGAAUCUUACCAGCUCUACCCUUGGCUGAUCAACAGACAUGGCAGAAUAUUUCCUCACAGAUUCCCUGGGGGUCCAGAUAUCCCCGGCUUCCUCCUUCAGCCGUUCCGCAAGCCCAAACGGAUCAGAACAGCUUUCUCUCCGUCCCAGCUGUUGAAGCUGGAGCACGCCUUCGAGAAGAACCAUUACGUCGUCGGCGCUGAAAGGAAGCAGUUAGCACAAGCAUUGAGCUUGACUGAGACACAGGUGAAAGUCUGGUUCCAAAACAGAAGAACGAAACAUAAAAGAAUGCAACAAGAAGAAGAAGCAAAAACUGGAACGAAAUCUGGUUCGUCUAGUUCGAAACCAGACGACAGUAACCAGUUCAACAAUUCCUAUGAAGAAGAAGACGAAGAACUAAUAGAUAUGGAUAUGGACGAGUUGAGUGAGAGUGAAAACGAAACGUAAAAACUAUACAAAAUGUGACAGGACACUAAACUGUAAAUAAUAAUGUAAUUUAGUUAAAAAUAGUAUAUCGAUUAUUAUUUAUUUCUUCUAGUAAUUGGAAAAUUAUAUGGUCAAGAGAUUUUUGCUACUGGCAACAAUUGAAUUGAAUCCUACUCAUUAUAAUUUGUUUAAAUGAAGGUAAGGAAUGUUAUAAAAAUAAAACAGCUAUUUAAAACUCAUCGCUCAAUUAAUCUCAAUUCACUAACCGUCAUUUAUUUUCCCCAAACAAGCAACCGUGUCAUUAAAUUAACGGAAUACAUUCAAAAUGGCGUCUGAACAACUCUUGUUAGCGCGUCACGAAUUAUUAGAUAACAAAAUUGGCCGCAUUAUAAUAGUUUUUGGGAUUAAAUUAAUUAAAAAUGCCUCCUUUGAUGCGUUCCACUGGUGAUGUGGGUAUAAUUAGACAGUUUGAUUUUAAACGCUGAUACGUAGGGACUGUGAGUUCUAAACGAGAGCUGUCAACGUGUGAAAGGGACGGGUGUAUGCUUAAAUGUGCUGUUAGAGAGAGAGACACUAUAUUUAUAGAGAUGGAGGUAGAUUAUUGUACGUCGUUUGUGGGCCUAUUAUUAAGAGAUGGUUUCUGAGACGGUAUCUCGGGUCGAAAUCUUCUUAGUAAUUGCUUGCGACGUAACAAAAUUGUUUUUAAACUGUUGACGAUUGUUCUCUACGGCUAUUUGUCUACGCGUUUGGAGUUUGAUUAAGAUCUCGAAUAGUCUUGUUAGUGAUCGCUUUCACGCGUAAGCUAUUGUAUGACCAUUGUAUUGAUCGCAUUUAAUUUUGACAACCUGAUUUUAAAUGUCAAAAGAUAAUUGUG